GGGAUGGAAGCUGGAUGUAGAAUAGAAUAAACUGCAGUUUCGUUCCCCUGAAUCUUCCUUCCUUCAUUCCUAUUCUCUUCUACUCCAAUUGAAGAAGUAAUUGCAGCUUUUACUGAUGGAGAACUCCUUGGCCGGCGGCUGUAGUAUCAGAGCCCUUUGGAUCCUGAAUCUUCAGGAUGUCAUCGUCUUCUCCAGGAGGUUUCCGGUUGUGGAAAGGCGGUGGCGAUCAGCUUGUAAGACUUGGAACGACUCUUCACCAGAUGGUAGCCAUAAAUACUCCGUACUGUCAUUGAUUCCUUCCGAUUCAGAGCUAGCAGCUGCUUUCGCUGACCGGAAGAAGAGGGAGGGAUCAGUUCGUGGCUUUGGCAUUCGUGUUGUUCAGUCAACCGAAGGAUCUGAUUCUUGGGUUGAUGAUCCAAUUACUCGCCAUAUUAUAAGCUUAUACAUGAACAAAGAGGACGAAACAGAGAAAUAUAUCUUAUGGCCUUUUAUUCUGCACAUAAAAGGCCCUUACUGCAUCCUUGUGUUGCCCCUAGUUGAGCCCCGUCAUGUGAAAGAAUAUGCGAGAAUUUGUACACAAUCUGGUUGUGGAAGUGCUGUUGGUGGGGAUGGAAGUAUAUCCUCCCUUUUACUUGAGCUUCCUUCAAUUACAGGGGCUUUGAUGGUGGCACAUGCUUUGGGUGACAUAGUUACUGGGGAUACUCCAGAACCUGAGGUAGUUGUUAAUGCACCGUCCGUAGGCGGUUUGCUGGACUCAUUAACUGGAAGUAUGGGGAUAACAGGCAGAGCGAAGCCUGUGGUAGCACCGGUUCCAGUUUCUACCAUCUCAAGCGCUGUUUCUACUCUGGAAGCGCCAAAAGUUGGUUCGAGACCCUUCGACAAAGAGGCACUUAGAACAUUUAUUAUUAGUUCGAUGCCCUUUGGCACACCAUUGGACCUCAACCACUCCAACAUAUCUGCCAUUAAGCUUUAUGGCUUUGCUUCCUCAGAUUUGCCUCCAGCAGACAGGAAACAGCCGGCAUGGAAACCGUAUCUUUACAAGGGAAAGCAGAGAAUCAUUUUCACUAUUCAUGAGGCUAUUCAUGCAGCAUUGUAUGAUAGGGAUGAUAUACAAGACAGUAUCUCAAUUUCAGGUCAAGUAAAUUGCCGAGCAGAGUUAGAAGGCCUGCCUGAUGUUUCACUUACCAUGACAGGAUCGGAGACAGCACAUAUUGAUGUAUUAUCAUAUCAUCCUUGUACUCAAAUUCCAGAACAAGGAAUAUCUAAGCAAGCUGUCAUAUUUUCACCUCCGCUUGGUAAUUUUGUUCUAAUGCGUUACCAAGCAACUUGUGAUGUCGGGCCUCCAGUUAAGGGGUUUUACCAGCUUUCUAUGGUCUCUGCCAACGAAGGGGCUUUUUUGUUCAAGUUGCACCUCAUGGACAGGUACAGAUCCCCUCUUACAAUGGAGUUUUGCACUGUGACAAUGCCUUUCCCUAGGAGAAGAGUUGUGUCACUUGAUGGGACACCUUCAAUUGGAACAGUUUUAUUUACUGAACACUCAGUUGAGUGGAAAAUCAUAACCAGCGGAAGGGGUAUUACUGGAAAAAGUGUUGAGGCUACAUUCCCGGGUACCAUUAAAUUUGCUCCGUGGCAAGUUCAAAGGUCACCUUUCUUAGCAUCGAUACUUGGAAAUGACCUGGAUGAAGACAGUGAUGCAGAGAUAGAAGGAACCAACAAUCCGAAUCUAGAGGAAUCUUUGGUGGAAAAGAUGAACAAGGACCUCCUACCAGUUGAUCUUGAUGAGCCAUUUUGCUGGCAAGCAUAUAGUUAUGCUAAAGUUUCUUUCAAGAUUAUCGGGGCAUCUUUAACCGGAAUAUCUAUAGAUCCUAAAUCUUCUGUUAAUAUCUUUCCACCUGUUAAAGCACCUGUGGAGUUCUCAAGUCAGGUUAUUUCUGGAGAUUAUAUACUUUGGAAUACAUUGGGGAAGUGCCCAUCUGUUGCCAUAGCUAAAGCAUAAUUAAAAAAUAUUGUUAUCCACAAAAAAUUCUUUUAGCCAGCAGGAGAGAAUACAGUGAAAGAUGAUGAACAUCUAGCUGGUGGUUCCGUUUCGGCUUGAAUCUUGGUCAGAUUUAUCAACUCUUUAUUACAAUCACUUGAAUUUUGUUGGAUUCUAAUUUUUUUUUAAUGUAAACAGUUAUUUGAUAAGUGUAUACAAUCCCUUGAAUUUGUGACAAGAAAUGCAUAAAAAAACGUGUCAAGUUGAAUUUAAUUUGCU